GUUUCACAACAGAACAUGACCUUCCUGAUUUCUGACAUGAUGGACGUAGAUAGUCCCAAGGGGGCCAUGUGGAGUUGCUUAAUCUUAACCUUUAAAAAGCUCAGACCCCAUGCUGUAAUUGACCAAUGUGUGACUGAGAUGAGAAGUGAGACACAUAAGAUGAAGAGCUCUGUUGGACCUCUGCUGCUGCUCUCCCUUGUUGCUUUUGUCUCUGUGACAUUGGCCAGGAGUGUCUUCACCUUUACAGAUGUCCUUGCCGCGGCCACUGCAGACUUCAACCAGAAAAGCCAGGAGACAAAAGCUUUUGGACCUCCAAAGAAGGGCGCUUUGCGGUCAAUGUCGAUGUUUGAGCCCGGAGAUGGCUCCGUCAUGAUCAAGUCCAUUACGUUUACGCUUAAGGAGACAGUGUGCCCCAAAUCAGAAGACUACCUAAAGGAAGAGUGUGUCUUCAAGGACAAUGGGUCUCUGAAGAAGUGCUCCAGUACAGCUACAGUCCUCAAGUCACAGCCAGGAGAGGCAGCAUCUCUGACAGUGUCCUGUCAGGAGGUCACAGACCCAGAGGAGCGCAAGGAACUUUCAGAGCCUCCAAGUUGGACAAAAUAUUUCAGCAACUGGUGAAAGCUACAUGAACCCACAGUAUUCCAAUGUUUGGGCCUAUUUAAUAUGACAGCAUAUUACUUGAUAAUUAAAAAUCAAUAAACAAUAUUUUGAAAGGUA